CCAUUAGGCAUUCCUCUGUCAACUUUUCAGCCUAAUUUGAGUGCCACUGGUAUGAUGCUGCUGUGAUUCUAAUGCGAACUCAUGAGUAGAACUUGCCUCUAAAAACCGAAUUGUAAAAGUUUGGUUCAACUCGGCAAUCAGAAUUUUCCAAAUUUUUUUUUUAAAGUUCGAUUCAAUUUUCGGCCAACACAUUGUGAAAAUCAAAACUUUUUGAAAGAAAGCACAACCUAUAGCACUUUUCAAAGAAAGCACAGCCUAUAUAUACGUCAAAACCAUUCCACAAGAAUGUAGUAACACGUCCUCUCUCUCUCUCUCUCUCUCUCUCUCGUAAAAUCUAGGAUCUUUCCUUUCUCGUCUGUCUCUGCUGACUCAGGGUAUGACAUUGGCAGCCAUGGCGACAAAGCUUAUGCGUGCGGUUCAGUACAACAGCUAUGGUGGAGGAGCUUCUGGUUUAAAGCAUGUAGAGGUUCCAGUGCCCACUCCAAAGAAAGGUGAGAUCUUGCUGAAAUUGGAAGCAGCUACUAUGAACCCGGUUGAUUGGAGAAUUCAGAAAGGCAAGAUGCGGCCUUUUUUUCCACCCAAAUUCCCUCAUAUACCUGCUACUGAUGUUGCUGGAGAGGUUGUAGAAGUUGGAAAAGGGGUCCAAAAGUUCAAACCGGGCGACAAAGUUGUGGCAUAUCUCACCCUCGCUAAUGGAGGUGGACUGGCUGAGUUUGUCACAGCUAGUGAGAGCUUGACAGUUGCCAGGCCACCUGAAGUUUCAGCAGCUCAAGGUGCAGGCUUACCUAUUGCUGGUCUCACAGCUCUCCAGGCUCUCACCCAAGCUGCAGGGCUUAAUCUCGACGGAAGUGGCCAGAAAAAGAACAUCUUGAUUACUGCUGCCUCUGGUGGUGUGGGUCAGUAUGCAGUCCAACUAGCAAAGCUCGGAAACACUCAUGUUACAGCCACAUGCGGUGCUCGUAACAUCGAAUUUAUCAAGAGCUUGGGGGCAGAUGAGGUUCUUGACUACAAGACCCCAGAAGGAGCAGCUCUGAUUAGCCCAUCUGGUAGGAAAUAUGACAUCGCUGUCCAUUGUGCAAUAACGGGCAUUCCCUGGUCAACUUUCAAGCCUAAUUUGAGCGCCAACGGGAAGGUUAUAAACAUUACUCCUGGUCCAAGUACCUGGGCUGCUAUUGCUCAGAACACACUCACCUUCUCCAAGAAGCAGCUGGUGCCACUGCUCUUGUGGGCUAAGAGUGAGAACCUUGAUUAUCUUGUCAAGUUAGUCAAGGAAGGAAAGCUCAAGACAGUGAUCGACUCUAAGCACCCUCUAAGCAAGGCUGAAGAUGCUUGGGCUAAGAGUAUUGAUGGACAUGCAACUGGGAAGAUAAUCGUGGAGCCUUAAGUAGAAAACUAUAGUGGGAUAUAAACUUCAUGUCUUUAAUGGGAGUCGUUUGUUCUUUGGUCGAAAUAAUGGAAGUCGUUCGAUACAGAUGGUUAUGUGCAAUUAAUGGGGUAAUUAUACAAUUUUGGUCGUUGGGAUUUGAUGGAUAUGAUAGAGGUUAGGAUGGGGUGGUUUUGUCUUUUUCUUGUUGUCUUUUUUUAAUUUUAUAUAUUUGAUUUAAAAUUUUUAUUUAAUGUUUAGGACAAUAAAGCUCCUACCAAACUAACGGAAUUGAAGGCUUUGACUUGAUUUGUUAACGACAGCAAGUACAAUGAUGAAAUCGGGAAAAUUAAAAUCACAGUGACUAAAAUUGUUUGUUUAUUUGUUUUUUUUUUUUUAAUACAAACGAUAUUGGAGAGGGAAAAUCAAACUUAGAAACUCAAAUGCAAGAUUAAUACUUUUAACCAUUUGAAAUAAAACUAUCUCGCUAAUGUGAGGUUUUUUUAUAAUCAUGAAUCAAUGUUGUAAAUAAUGAGGUUUGGAUUUAUUGUUCAUUUUCAUGUUGAUUAUAUUUCACAGUAAUUCAUUUGGUUCUCUCAAAAAAGAUCAGUCACCAAGCAAGUAAUAUGAGUUUAGAGACCCUAGCAAAAAUGAAAUAUAAAUAAGAAAAUAGAAAGCAGAAGCGUUACGAAUCAUGAAACAAAUCUACUCUGUUCCUAGCCAAAAAUAAAAAUAAAAAUAAAAAUAAAUGAAAACUAGUACUUGUAUAAGAAUAAGAGGUUGAAAAUGGGAGGAGCUGGAGAGAAAAAGUGAUUGUGUGAUGAGUUCCUAUCUCAGGCAGCACACUGAGGCAUGGCGGGAUCUCGGUCUGUGGGGUCAACCUUGAUCACUUAUUUUGUCGAUGUGGGACUUUUGGCAAUCAUCCUCUUCCUCUCAUGCCAAAGUACCUGGCUGCUCGAUUCAGAAGCAAACCCUCCGAAGGGACGGGCCACUAGUUGGCCAUGCCGAAUGUUGCAGCAAUGAUACCAGCUGUGUGAAGCCCACA